AUUAAUAAAAAAAUAAUUACUUUUCUAGAAAUUAAACAUGUAGAGGGCGCCAGUUCAGAUUAUUGAUUUGUCAGGUGGUUCCCAAAAAGUUUGGUUAUAUUUUUAAUAAGUCAGUGCCAAGUGACCCAAAGUUGUGCUAAAAUGGUCUUGUCUCGCCUAAAUCCCAUCGUGAAGCAGUGCGUGUUAGGAAAUCGCCCCAAUUUGGUUAGCUUGGGCCCCGUCAGAACGGCAGUUUACUCGAAAUCGGGCGGUCUUUUGCCGGAGCCCCACAGGACGUCGUUUGGGAUAAUUCGCCUAAUCCUGACCGUGGUCCCGGGUUUGCUAAUCGGGGCCGCAAUCAGCAAAAACAUUGCCAAUUUUCUCGAAGAGAACGAUUUAUUUGUCCCAUCGGAUGACGACGACGAUGAUGACUAAUUAUGACCAAGAAAUGAAACUCAGUGCUUGUUAAAACUUAUUUAUUUGUAUAGAUUGUUCAAUAAAUUAGUGUCCUUUAUGUAUAACCGCUAGAAAAUGUCCACAGUUGAGCUCGGUUAAUACUGUGAUUUUUUAAAUAAAUUUUGGCACGUUA